AAAAAAAUAAUAGACAAAAAUCAUAAAUUUACAUAAUUUUUACUCAAAAUGCAGCAUUUAAGGCGUUCUGUAAGUUCCAUUUCAUACUUAAAUCGAUCGUCAUUGUCAAGAUGUACGAGAUUCUUUGCAACAUCCACUGAAUUGGAAGAAAAAGUGGAAAUUCCAAAUUACAUUCAACGAUCACCAACAACAAUUUUAAGAGCAUUAUCUCAAACUGUAGGCUUUGAUCCAACAGCUGCUCAUUAUAAAUACCAUGAUGAUCCUUACUUGAUUCCAUUAUCUAAUGUUGGCAAGCGAUCAUUCGCAUUAGCAAUGGAAUCUGGACGUAAAUCUGCAAAAUUUAUUCGUCAACAACAUAGCAACUUAUUUCAGCAUCGUGAAGCUGAUCCACCAAUUGAGGCAUUUCUUCCAACUAAAAUGUACACAAUCGACAGUCAAGUAGAAAUUUCGGAUCUUACAACAUCUAUUGAGCAUUCUCAUGUUAGUGACGCGAUUCUUGUGUAUGCCUUGCUUAAAAAGAAUAAUGUAGAGUUAACUAAUGAUGUGAAACAAUCACUUUUGGAAUUAUUAUGCUUUUAUAAUUGUGAGGAACCGCUUGAAGAGGAUAUGAUUGAAGAGAGAUGGUUUAGACAGAAUCAAAGAUUAAAGGAACGCAAUAGAAAAACUUGGAAAGACAAUGACACAGCUGAACAAUUGUAUUAUGAGAUUGAACCAAAAACUCCUCAAACUUAUGCUUGUAUAAUUCGUGGAAUGUGCAAAUACUAUCAAGUCGAGAAAGCUUAUGCCAUUUUCCAAGAUUGUUUAGCUAAUAAUAUCAAAUUAGACGUUGACUGCUUCAAUUCAAUCCUCAAUGUUGUAAGAUUCAUUAAAGAAAGUGCUGAUUUGAGGUGGUCGGUAAUGCUAGAUUUACUUAAAACAAUGAAGGAAAAGGGAGUCAGUCCAAAUCUUGGUACAUUAAAUGCAUGUCUUAAUUCCAUCAGUGAAAUGGGCUCCAAGAAUGCUAAAGAUUAUGCCAUUCAAAUUAUGACAGAAUUCAAAAAUAUUGGAAUUGAACCAUCACUAGCCAGCUAUUAUCAUAUUUUACAUACAUUUUGUAAAGAUCGAGGUCCAGUUUCACACGUUUUAGUAGACAUACUUAAUGAAAUUGAAGGAAAAGAGUUUGAAAUGCGUGACAUUAAAGAUACAAUGUUCUUUGUUACAGCUAUGGACGUUUGUAGAAAUCAUCUUUAUGAUUUAAACUUGGCAAAGCGUGUUGAUGCCUUCCUUCAUUUCGGCGAAAAUUAUAAUUUAAUUGGCGAUUCCUACAAAGAAUCAAUCUACUAUAGAAACUACUUUACAUUGCUGGUUCAAGCAGAGCCAUUUGAUAAAUUCAUGGCUGAUUAUUAUCAUAUUUUAGUUCCACAUGUUUAUAUCCCUGAACCAUCUGUAAUGGAAGAAAUACUUAAAGCUGUUGAAGUCACUGGAGCUAUUGAUAAUAUUCCACUUUUAUGGUCACACAUGAUUUGUUUCGAGCAAAUUAGUCGCGAUAAUUUACUUGCCCUUAUCGUUCGUAUUAUGUUGCAAAAUAAGCCAGACUUGACAAUUAAGACACAAGAGAAUUUAAAGGAAACAUUUAGUCACAUCGCAUGGGAUAUUUGGAGUAAGAUUGAAGAAAAGAAUGAACUAAGAUCAAAACCAGUUGUAUGGACAGGCAAACUAUUAGGAGACAUUCUUCGAAUAAUUUGUACAUCUGAAGAUAUCGACAGAGCAUCAGUCAUAAUGGAAAAGCUAUUAAAUGAUCAACAGAAAAUAUUAGGCGAAUCGGAUUACAUUGCAAUGGAAGAUUAUGUCCAAUUGUGUAUUACAAAGAAGCAGCCAAGUAAAGCGAUUCAAUGUCUUCAAUAUUGUACAGAAAUUGGCUUCAAUGAGUCUAAGAAUUUAGCUAAAACAAUUUGCAAAGGAUUUACACUAGACGAAAAUCAUACGAGACGAGUUGUUCGUUAUGCUGGCGAAAGUGUUAUUCAAGAGAUUGAGAAAGAAAUGCAGGAAGAAUCAGCCGCAAAAAAUGUCACACAGUAAAAUAACCAAACGUAUAGUAAUUAGUCAAUGAAUAAAAUGAAAACUUUUUAUUAAAAAAUGAUCAAGACAAGAUAUAAUAUAAUUAAUAAAAAUGAUUGAGUAAAUAAGAAAU